GCACAAAAACAAAAAAAAAACUUCUGCUUUAAUUCUGAUACACAGCAUAUUGAACAAAUCCCCUGUUUUAUCACGGAGACGCACUGUUGAAGCAAGAAUUCACAUAAAGCCAAAUUUAAAACACGCACAGACAAACUGAGGAGCAGAUGGUGUCUAGGUUGUGCAAUGCCAAUGCAUGAAGAGCGUGUAGCACCGGGUCUAUCCUUAGAGCUCCAGACUGCUGUGCACUGCAAAGCGGGAAACAACAAAAAAAAAAACACAAGCAAAUGAGGAAGAGAAACCUUCCAUAAAUUCACUUUCAAUGUUUCCACCACUGUUAUUUGACCAAAGCAAAUCAGCUUCCGUCACAGUCCCACCUUAUCAAGUGACUUUGAACGUAUCUUAGUACAGACCUUCAAGAUUUGCACUGACUGAACCAACCAUAGAGCACAGGUAGCAGCCAUCUAACUCAUGGAGCUGACAACAGCCCACCAGACCAAUGGGACCAAUGGGACCAAUGACUUGUGUUCCCGUGACAACGUCCUGAAGACAACCGUCUUUCCUAUCCUGUAUUCCCUUCUGUUCUUAUUGGGAAUGGCUCUCAACAUCCUGGCGGCGUGGGUGUUCUUCAGCAUCCCCAGUCGCUCUCACUUCAUCAUCUACCUGAAGAACAUCGUGGUGGCGGACAUCCUCACAACCCUCACCUUCCCCUUUAAGAUCUUGUCUGACUCCAACGUGGCUUCUAUCGGCAUCCGCAUCUUCGUUUGUCGGGUGUCUUCCGUGCUUUUCUACCUCACCAUGUACAUCAGCAUCCUCUUCUUCGGCCUGAUCAGCCUCGACCGCUGCCGUAAGACCCUCUGGCCCUUUGUGGGCACCAACAGUAAACGACUGACCCUCAGGAAGCUCCUCUCGGCAGCCAUUUGGGCAUCCUUGCUCUUGCUCUCGCUGCCCAACGUGAUCCUGACCAGCAAGCCUCCAGCCUCCGAAGACUUCAAAUGCAGUGACCUGAAGACGCCGCUUGGGCUGAAGUGGCAUGAAGUGGUCAACCAUAUCUGCCAGGUGAUCUUCUGGGGCAACCUCUUAGUUGUAGUAGUGUGUUACACUCUUAUCACCAAGGAGCUGUACAGCUCAUUCGCACGAACCCGAGGUGGACCUGCUCAAGGGUACUCGGCCGGAACCAGCAGCUCCCAGAGGAAGAAGAAGGUACGAGUGAACGUCUUCCUCGUCCUGGCGGUGUUCUUCAUAUGCUUCGUGCCCUUCCACUUCGCCAGAGUGCCUUACACCAUGAGCCAGACGAGGGGCCGUCUUUUCGACUGCCGGCAGAAGCUGAUCUUCUUCCAGGUGAAGGAAAGCACACUGUGGCUGACCUCCCUCAACUCACUGCUAGAUCCACUUAUCUACUUCUUCCUCUGCAAGUCUUUCAGGGAUUCUCUGUUCAACAUCCUGCAGCUCUCGCCUGGGAGAUGCAUGGUAUUGCAGGACAGCACGGACACGACCGCUGGACCAGUGGGAAACCCAGUAUGAACAAUAACUGGUUGUAAACAGACAAUGAGAUGAGGGAAGGGUUUGGAAUUUAAAACCAAUACUAUGUUUCCUGACCUAUUUGU